AACCUUAAAAAACUCCAGUCUCACACGGUCUUUCACCGAAAUAAAAUGUCAUCGCUGUUCAGAACUGUUAUCGCUUCUUCAAAAGCUCCGAAACCUAUCGGACCUUACAGUCAAGCUGUGAAAGUCGGAAAUACGGUAUACGUUUCCGGAUGCCUUGGAGUGGAGCCGACGACAAUGCAGCUCGUGAGCGGAGGUCCGGCAGAGGAGGCGAAGAAAGCCUUGGACAACCUGAAAGAGGUGCUAUCAUGUGCGGAUUCAUCUUUGGGAAAUGUUGUCAAGGCUACAGUUUUUCUUGACGACCUCAACAACUUUUCCACGGUCAAUGAAGUCUACAAGAAAUACUUUGCCGAGCCUUUCCCUGCCAGGUCGUGCUUCCAAGUAGCCAAACUUCCUAUGGGGGCAAAAGUGGAAAUCGAGGUUGUAGCUAUAUCUGGGCGUUUGGAAACCAAGUAACCCGUAUUUCUUCGAAAAAGGUGUAUAAUUUUAAUUUUUAACUAUUGAGUCAAUACUUAAUCAUUAAGUUUAAUUACAAUUUGCCUUUUUUGAACAUGUUUAUGAAAAAUAAAAGUUAUAAAAAAUAUA